GCUGAUGAGACGGAUUAUGCUGUAGCUCACACCCACCAGCGACCCUUUCUCCCAAGAAGAUGGGAAGGAAGUAGGAUCUUGGCUCUAAAGCUGGACAUUUUAAUCUGACAUUUUACAGAUGAGGAAACUGAGGCCAGACAAGCAGAGCCCCAGGAGGCGGCGGAGCGCAUCCCGAGGAGCGGCGGCGACCCCCACGCCCCCUCCCAUCAUGCCCGUGGGCGCCGCGGCCCCCAAGAACCCGGACCUGGAGUUCGACUCGCUGCAGCCCUGCUUCUACCCCGACGAGGAUGACUUCUACGUGGGCGGCCCGGACGCCGCGCCCCCGGGGGAGGACAUCUGGAAGAAGUUCGAGCUGCUGCCCACGCCGCCACUCUCCCCGAGCCGGGCCGGGCCCGGCGUCGGCCCCGGAGGGCUGCCUAGUCCGGCGGCCGCCUGGCCCGGGGGCGGCGAGCCCCCCGACUGGGCUUCCGAGCUGCUGCUGCUGCCGCCGCCCGAGGUGGAGCCGUGGGGGACCGGGGGACCGGCCCACGCUGCCUGGGGCGAGGGCAAUCUCAGCGCCUUCGUGCCGGACUGCAUGUGGAGCGGCUUCUCGGCGCGGGAGAAGCUUGAGCGGGCGGUCACCGAGAAGCUGCAGGCCGGCCCGCGGGGGGCGCCGGCCGACGGCCCGGCCAAAGCCAACGCGGUCGCCACCGCCUCUGCUGCCGCCUCCUCCGCGCCGCCCUCCAGGUGUACCGUAGCUGCAGCCGUUGAGCUCCCAGCCCCCGGCGCAGCCGACCUAUGCAACCCAGCCUCCGAGUGCGUGGACCCGGCUGUGGUCUUCCCCUUCCCAGUGAACAAACGUGAGUCCCCGGCCACUGCAGCUAGAGCCGCCAGCACGUCUGGGGAGCCCCUGGGAGGGGCCGGCCAGCCCCCCCGCGGCCCCGGGCACCCCUUCCCGGCGGGAGAUACCAGGGCUAACAGCUGUUCUGGGGAUGACACCCUGAGCGACUCAGAUGAUGAAGAGGAGGAAGAGGAAGAGGAGGAGGAGGAGGAGAUUGAUGUGGUAACAGUGGAGAAGCGUCGAGCGUCGUCCUCCAACAACCCCAAGGCGGUCACCACGUUCACCAUCACCGUUCGGCCCAAGAACGCCGCCUCCGCCGCCACCAUCAGGGCCCAGCCGGGGGAGCUGAUCCUCAAGCGUUGUGCGCCCAUCCAUCAGCAGCACAACUACGCCGCACCCUCCCCCUAUGCGGAGAGCGAGGACUCGCCUCCCCCCAAGAAGAUGAAGGCUGAGGCUCCGCCCCGCCCUGCCAAGAGCAUCCCGGUGCCGCCCAAGGCCAAGAGCGUGAGCCCGCGGAACUCGGACUCGGAGGACAGCGAACGCCGCCGCAAUCACAACAUCCUGGAGCGCCAGCGGCGUAACGACCUGAGGUCCAGCUUCAUCACCCUCAGGGACCACGUGCCGGAGCUGGUGAAGAACGACAAGGCGGCCAAGGUGGUCAUCUUGAAGAAGGCCACCGAGUAUGUGCACUCCCUGCAGGCCGAGGAGCGCCAGCUGCAGCUGGAGAAGAAGAAGCUGAUAGCCAAGCAGGAGCAGCUGCUCAAGAAGGUGGAGCACGUGCGGACUUGCUGAGCCGACGCCUCGCUUGUCUUCUGUUCCCGGCCUCGGACAGCCACUGCCACUUUGCACAUUUUUUUUUAAUUGUUCAAGAAAAAAAGGUGUUUUGACGUUAAGAAUGUUGGUUUACUUUCAAUACGGUUCUCUCUCCAGCGACUUGAUGUGGGUGGGGACGCCUCACGGGGCCUUGGGAGCCGGCCGGAGGGAUGGAGAUGGGCGCGCUGCUCUGGGGGCACUGGAGCCGGGUCCCCUCCGCCAGCCUGCCACAGCGGCCCUUCCACGGCGGGUCUGGAGCCUCCAGACACAGACCAGUGAGUCAGCCCUUUCCUCAAUGGUGCUUCCACGUUCCGACCCAGCGCUGGACUGGAUGUCCCACCUGUUUGCUCUUCUUUGCUCCUGGGGGAGCUCGCUACAUCUCUGUAAAUAGUGAUUUCACACUUGCCUUUGUCCAUGUCUUGGGUAAUGAGAGGCGGCCGCCUGGCCGCCGUUUGGAGAGUGGAGAUUCCUACCUAAGUCCUGUGACGCCUCAAUGUUUGAGGAGCAUGUUUUGUAUACAGAUACCUUGUUAAUCUCUGUUAUAUACUGGACUAAUUCUUACACUGUCUGUAUACUUUAGUAUGGCGCGGAGACAUGACUACAUUUGAUACUUAUAUUUUCGUAUGAAAAUGAGUUGUGAAGUUUUGAGUAGAUAUUACUUUAUCACUUUUUGGAACUAAGAAGCUUUUGUAAAAAAACUGACUUCUCAGCCUUCCCCCCCCCCCGCCCUGUUUCUUGCUGUUGGCGUCCUUGUUAAUGUUUGGGGCAUAGAACUGGGGAAAGGCAAAGGUCUGUGUUUCACUUGUCUUGGAAAUGUCUAUUUAGUGCUGCAUCUUUGAGCACUUUGAAAUACCUCAUGUCUAUGAAAAUAAAUAGUCAUUGAAUGAUG